AUGGUGAGCGACCCCCAACCCCCCCCAAAACCGACCAAGCAGCACAAGCCGGUGCGGGCCAGAGCACCCCCAUCCCACCCACCCCCAGCCAGACCCCGUCACCCACGCCCCCAACCCCCCCCCCAAAGACCCCCCCCCCACCCCACCCAAAGAAAAAUCUUAGGAGGCCAGCAAAGCCCCCGGACGGGCACCGGCCCGGGCCCCCAAAACCAGGGGGGGGGCCCAUCCGGCAGGGGGGCCAAGGUCCCGGGCCCCCAUGCCCCGGCGCCCCCAGGCAGGGAGACCACGGGAAAAGAGGGAACCCCCAUUUCCCGGGUAGAGACCCCCCCCCAUCGAAGGGAGAGGGGAAGCACCAAGCCACCCCCGAACCAGUCGUACCGAACAACCGGGCCCCCAAGGGAGCCCCCAAAAACCCCGUGCCACACGCACCCGGAGAAAAACCCCGGGGCCAAGGGACCCCAGAAAAAUGGGUUGGUGGAGUGUGAGCCAGCCCAGAACCAGGUGCGACAGACCCGGGGAACCCCCCGAAGCACCAACACCGACCAGAAGCAAUGCAUCCCCUCCCCCCCCAUCCGCCCCCGGGGGCAGGGGUCCCCCCAAGGGGACGGAGCCCCCCCCCCCCGCAGCCCCCAGCCCAGGCGACAGAGCAACCGACACCCCAGGGUGGUUUUCAGGCACCCCCCUCAGGCCCCAACCCCCAAGGCCCCGGGUGUGGCCCCGACUGGGGGGGCCCCCCUGACCCCAGGAAGGCCCCCCCCCCCCCCAAAGAAAGGGGCCAGCCCCGCAAAGGGAGGAGGGCCCCGGAGGAGGACCGGGCGAAGGGAGGGGGCCCCGCGAGGGGAAAAGGAAGGAGGGGGGACAGGGGACCCCCGCCACCCCGACCGCAAGGCCCACCAGGAGAUCCAGGGAGGUCGGCCCCCGAACACCACCCCCCGGGUAGUGAGCAAGCGCCGAACCCACAGGGAACCCCCAGGAAGUCUCCGCGCCACCCCAGUGGGGGAGAGGGGGCCCACCCGGGAUAAACCGUCGGGGCGGAAGUAG